AUGGAGCCCUCGUUCAUCUUGAGGGAUGUUGUGAUCUUGGCCGCCUGCGGAUCGUUGGCCUUGAAGGAUUUGGUUGCCAGAGCCAGCGAUGCUCAAGUGACGCAAUCCAGCUUUUGGGAGAAAGUCACUGAGGCCACUCGCAGCACGUAUAGCCACACGGGUCUCGACGGUUUGGAGGAUAACUUGGAGCUGGCCCGGCUGUACACGAAAAUCGGCGCCUGGCACCGCGACGUCUUUGAGGCUGUCUUUGAGAACAAUGAGCUCCCAGGGGAAGGAAGGCAACAAAAGGUGAGGCGCCUCACCGACCUUCACGGAAUGUCUUUCAAGCAGUUGGUGGACGUGCUCAGCAUCUUUGCUCGAGCAGGAAGUGCCUCGUUGCAGAUCAGCGGCUGGGCCACCCGCGCCUUCAGUGCAGCACGCGAGCGGAUCCAGGAAGAAGAUCCAGAGGUCGAAUGGCAAGACUUCAGCACUGAGCAGAUGCUGUCGAUCAUCGACAGCAUGGCGCGAUUUUCCACUCAAAACAACGAGACCAUCUUGCGGAAGUUUGGACGGGAAAGGUUGCACCCAAAGUUGUUGCAGCUGGAGCCCAAAGACGUUGCUAAGCUCUGCUCCGCCUAUUCGCACUUGGGCUUCCAGCACCACACGGUCUUCAAGGAGGUGCUGUUAGCCAUCUCCGAUGAGCAGCAGCAGAUCCAGCGCCAGCGCAUCCUGGGGCUGACGGCUGCCGGCGCGGAGGAGAAAUUUCGUUUCGGGUCGACCGAGAUGGCGUUGAUUUUGGAUGCCAUGUUGGUCCUGAAGCUCUACCGCGGGAACAAUCCUUGGUUCGCCUGGGGUCAGCGAUUUCAAGACUUAACGGAGAUCUUCAUGCGACGCCUGGAGACCAGUAAGGAUCUGGAACACAUGGCAGCCAGGCCCCUGGCCGCGGGAGCCUAUGCCUUGGGCCGGGCCAAGAAGGGCUCAGAAGGGCUGUGCCAGAGCAUGAUGGUGCCAUGGCCAAUCAGCACGUGA